AUGAACGUCGCUGCCCUCCUCCAGGACUCACCCAGCCAGGGUCCUGGUCACAGGAAGCGUCUCUCCCAGUCCGACAAUCCCACCCAGCCCCCUCCCAUUCCUAACACAAACUCCAACAACCCAGCGCCGCCUUCCCAAUCCUCAGCCACCCCGUCCUACAACCACCCGUACCCCCCGCCCUCGUCCCAGCCCCCGUCCUCCGCUGCCCCGCCUCCCACCAACACAUCCCCGUCCUCAUACCCCCCUCCCGCGUCUCUCCCUCCCCGCUCGGGCCCAGGACAGCCUCCCCCGCCAGACGUCCACCUCCGCUUCAGGUCAUCCAACUCGGGCAAUGUCAGUGGCGGUGGCAGUGGUGGACACGACAAUGUAUCACCAGCCAUGGCCUCGCUGCAGCACCCUCCCUCCUGGGGUCCCGCCCGCAACUCGGCUCCGGGGUCCUCGCCUCUUCUCACUCCGUCUGCAUCAUCCGCUGCUGCACCAUCACAACCAGGUCGACCCCCGCACCACCAGUCCAGCAGGAGUAUCACCAGAGUUCCAGGCCUUGAACGCAGUCCGGUCGUGCAGAGGUUAGCCGCUCCAGGUGGGAUGUCUACUUCGUCAUCGGACCGCAGUCCGAUUCCGCCACUAUCUCGUCCUCCUUCAGACCACGCGGGAAGCAUAAACGUAGGUGGAGAACACCACCCACCUAGUCAUCACGGACCCCAUCCUCUCUCUCAAAGCACGCACGCGCAAGGCCCUGGAACGCACAGCCACCACUCCUACUCUCAUUCCCAUUCUACACCUCCGCUCCCUCCGUCGCACUCGCCGCCUAUCAGCAAACUUGGUCCCGGUGCUCCUGGCCCUGCACGCAUCGACAGACUUCCACCACCCGGAAUGAACGACAGAGAACGCGACAGAGGCCUUCCCCCUUCUGGCAUGGAUCGCUACGCCCACGAACGAGACCGCUACCCACCCGAGCGGGAGCGGAUUGAGCGUGAUAGAGAACGAUACGGUUUCCCUGGCGGGGAACGCGAGCGGGAGCGGAUCAGGGAGCGAGAGCGCGAUAGGAACAACGCCAGUCCCAUGGGUAGCCUUGGUGGCCCUGCUGGUGCAGGCCCCUACGCCCACCACGCGAAUCUGAACCCCAAUCUCAACGGCGGAGAGCGCGAGCGCAUAGCUAUGGAAAGAGAGCGGUCGAGGGAGCGGGAUAGCUUGAAGAUGCGCGACCGCGACCGCGCGAUGGAUCCGCUGGUGUUUGAUCCUGCGAGGCCGCCGCCACAGCAUUCGCAUUCGCAUUCGCACUCCCAGUCGCAUCUCGGGCUUCCGCAGACGAAGGAGGAAGCGGAGUAUAUGCGCCAUCGGGAGAGGGAGAGAGAAAGAGAAAGGGAGCGAGACGCGCACGCGCACCGCACACAUCGCCAUUCGCUCAGCAACCAUGGUCCGCCGCCUUUCUCGCCCGACGGGCAGCAUCCGCCUGGUCCUCCUGGUCCGCCCGGUUUGCACGGACCAGGCAGCCGAGGGAUAGGCGUUGGCGGUAUGGGGUUCGCAGAGCCUCCGCCGCCGCCGUCGCUUGGCCCGGGCCAUUCGCAUCCGUCGGCGCAUCCCAGACACUCGCAGCCUCCGCCUUCGGGGCAUCUUCCACCGCCACACGCUGGCUCGCAUGUGCACCCGGGCCCGUUGCCCCUCUCCCACCCGCAUCCGUCCUCGCAGCCCUCGCCGCAUCCGCAUGCGCCGCCACCGCCUGGGCACGGGAUCGCUCAGCAGCGGGGUGGGCCGGGGCCGGGGCAGAGUCCGUUCCCGGCGCAUGGGCUUGGGAAUGGUCAUCCGGAGUGGGAGGCGCGCGAGCGGGAGCGGGAGUGGGAGCAGAGGGAGAGGGAGAGGGAGCGCGAGAGGAGGAAGGAGCAGCAGCAGCAACAUCAACAGCAGCAGCAGCAUCAACAGCAGCAACAACAGCAGCGCGAGUGGGAGAUGGAGGACAUGCGGCUGCGCGAGCGCGAGCGCGAGGAGCGGAGGCGCGAGAAGGAGUUUAUGCGCGAGAGCGGGCGUGUCGGGCCUGGGAUGGGGAUUGUCGGUCCGGGCGUGGAUCUUAUGCGCGGGGAACGCGAGCGCGAGCGGAUGGGGAUGGGUGUGGGGAUGGGUGGUAUGGAGAGGGAGCACGAGUGGGAGAGGGACAUGCGGCAUCGUGAAAAGCUCGCGGAGAGGGAGCGCGAGCGCGGGAUGCAGCGCGAGUUUGACAGCACGCUUCCACCUUCGUCUUUGUCGUCGUCGAGAGAGCGGUUCGGACCCGCGCAGCCCGGUGGUCUGCCGCCACAUGGUCCUCUGGCGCCGCCGCCGCCACCUGGCGCGAUGGGCGGGCAUCCGCACGAUCGUAUGGGCGGGAUGGGGGACCACCGUGGGCUGCCGCCGCACGACAAGGAGAUGUCGAGGAUGUACCGCGGUGUGCCCGGCGAGCGCGAGCGCGAGAUGAUGGCCGCUGAGUGGCAGCGCGAACGCGAGCGGGAGCACGACCGCGCGCAUAUCCAGAGUCUGCCGCAGAGCCGCGCGCAGUCGCCGACGAUGCGGGAUAUGCGGGAGCAGCUCAGCCUGAAGGAGCGCGAGAAGAUGCGCGAGCGCGAGCGCCAUCCGGACCGGGAGCGGGAUCGGGAGAUGAUGAGAGAGAGGGAGAUGAUGAGGGAGCGGGAGAAGGAGAUGCAGCGGGAGCGCCAGCAUCAUAACCAGCACCAGCACCUGGAGCGCGAGCGCGAGGCGCAUCCUGCUGCGGCGCGGAUGAUGCCCCCCGGACCUGGGAUUCCGCCCUACGGCCACCAUCACCCCGGCCAUCCUGGGCCGUCAGUCGCCGAGCUGGAGGCCGCCGCGGCGGCGCGCGAGCGCAUGAUGCUCGAGAUGGGCAUGGGCGUGAACCCCGUGCUCGGCGGCGUUCCCGUCGCCCAGCCUGUGAACGGGUUCGGCGAGCCGAGGAUGGUGUACACGCCCGGUGCGGCGGAGCAGCUGGACGAGGGCCUGAUUCUGCACCCCGAGACGCUGCAGCAGCUCGAGCAGGAGGUGCUCGCGUCGAUCGACCAUGUGUCGGAGAGGAUCAAGGACCGCGAGGCGAGGAUGGGGAUGCGGCAUGUGAGCCUGGGCACGUAUGUGUGGCCGAAGACGCCGUUUCCGUUUUAUUGGCCGGAUAGGCUGCCGGAUGUGGAGGUCGAGUCGGAGGCGGAGGAAGAAGGCGACAAGGACAAGGACAAGGACAAGAGCAAGAGCAAGAGUCCCACGGACGAGUCGGCGAAGGAACGGCGCGCGCAGCAGCAGAUGCCAGGGCAGACCGAGGUGCGCGUGACGAUCAUCAUUCCCAGCGCGCACCUGCCCCGGCAGCGGCUGCACAUCGACUGUCUGUGGGGCGGCGGGCUCCUGCCGCCGCCGCCGCUCGCGUCGCCGUUCGUCGCGAACCGGAUCAUCCAGACGCCGCACGGCCUGCAGCUCACGCACGCGCUGCAGCCGGGCACGUCGGUGCUCGCGCAGCUGCAGGCGAUCCUGCCGCCGCCCGCGGCGCUCUCGGCGUACCGCCGGCGGGUGUACACGGACGACUCGGAUCUGGUGACGUGCGCGGUGCACGCGGGCCUGUUGACGUGGAGCGCGCUCGCGCGCGCGAUUAGGGAGAGAAGGGAUUUGAAGCUGGAGGUGGCGCUUGUGCGGACGAUUAUGAGCGCGAGUUGGGAGGAGGUGGGUGCGAUGCAUGGGGAGGAUGGGGGUGUGGGGUCUGUGCCUGGGGCGCCGUUGGUGUCGUCGCCGUCGCCGCUUUCGGAUGGCGGAGAUGCGGGUGGGGUCAAUGGGAAUGGCAGUGGGAAGGGCAAGGCUGCUAGUGCUGUUGCUGUCAACGGGAAGACGAACGGGCAUGUCAACGGCAGUGGGGGCAAUGUCAACGCCAAUACGGGACCUGGGAUGCCGGGUGCCUCCCCUGCGCUGCCGACGCUCAGCGGGGCGGACGGGCAGGCGAAGAGCGAGGGGCCGUGGUCGAACGUGUGGACGAAUCGGUUCGUCGGGAACUGGGGCUGGGCGUUUUGGGGACACUCGAGCUGUGCGUCUUCGCCGAGCAAUGGGGACGAGAAUGGGAAGGAGGGUGAGGAAGGGAAGGAUAAGAGGGUCGAGGGCGGUGAAGGGAAGGACAAGGACGUGGUGGUCGUGAAGGAGUAUACGGGCGUGGACGAGGGCGAGGUUCAAUCGACGCCGGAGGAUGACGGGAGGUGUGUGGUCAGUGCGGGCUGGGGAUGGGGGCACGACGGGAGCGGGAUAGAGGUGUUGAGGGCUGAGAUUGUUGAGCCAAACACGGCACACAGGGGUCUCGGUCUGGGACGGCGGAACCGCGCCCAGCGUCUCGCAGAGUACGCCGAGCGCCGUGCGGAGGUGCUCAGCCCGCCGCGGUCGCUUAUAUUUGCGCACGGACACCGGGAGUCAACGUCGUCGCCGAUCACGCUGGAUCCGUUUGAGGAUAUCUCGAAUGGGAGACGGAAACGGAGGCGUAUCGAGAAGGAUCGGGACCCGCUCGCGAAGGACUUUUCAGCGAGUAAGGUCAGAAGCCAAACGCAGAUCAAGGUGCAGACGUACAGUCAGCAGGACUAUGCGGACGCCGAGCUGCUGCUCGAGGUUAGGCGGAUGGCGGCGAGGACGGUUGUGUUUGGGGCUGCGAAGGAGGGAGAGAGCGCUGGGUAUAAAUAUGACCCGGAGAUCAUCACUUCUGCUUUGUUCUCAUCAGGCUCGUCAUCCUCGGAUGAUGUGCUAGCUGGUCCCUCGUCUCGCAAACGGUGGAAGGUUGACGCAGAAGAAGAGGCAGCGCCGAUGGAAGUGGACGACUCAGGGUCGCCAGCGCCGUCUGUUGAGGCAAUGCAAACGAUCGCUGACAGCAAGGGCAAGGGCAAAGCGAUCGUACUCGAAGCUGCCGAGGAGUCGUACGUCAUUCUGCCGGUGGAGGGCGAAGACGGGAAGUACACGUUGUCGACGCUUGUGUCUGUCCCUCCAGAGCCGUUGAGGUCUUCGCCUCCAGCGUCAACGUCUGAAGCUCCGAAGGCGUCCGAGGUCAAGGAUACAACCGAAGUCAAACCCCCAGAAGACACGGCCACAGCGCCCCCUGUUCCAGCGGCGAAGAAGGUAUCUAGUCCGGAACCUGGCGAAAUCGAGGAGGAUUUCAUUGAUCCGCCCGAAGAACCCUCAGCUCCCCAAGUUUCUUCCGACGGAAUAGCACCUGUAUCUGAGCCUUCGAAGGACGCAGACUCGUCUCCAGCUACCGCGUCAACGCUUGCCACUUCCAAACCAACCCCUUCCGAUUCCUAUUCCAAGGAGAACCCUCCAUCCCAACCAUUAACCGACACUCCUUCGCAACUUCCAGAACAAGCCCUGUCGACAGAUUCUACCUCGCCAAUACAAUCUCCACGAACGCAUACCCUGCACCCAAUUCGCAGAAACCUCACGCAAGACGACAUCAGCCUAGGGAAGGAGGCAGUAGUGGUGAGGGGCGGCGAGCGGCCCGACGGCGGCGAUGAUGGGUCGAUGGCGAUGGACGUGGACGAUCUGAAGAUUGAUGUACUGAGGUGGAGGUGGUAUACCUCCGCUGCUGAGCCCGCCUGAAAUGGGCUGAGGCCUGUAAUCAAACCAUUGGACGCCUUUCGAUGCUCAAUGCUGUCAUGUUUACUGUUUACGAUGGUUUCGGUACUGAUACAUACACCUUCGAGUUUCUCAUCAUCGUUUCGUUGUUCUAUACGCGCAAUUUGUCGUGUGGAGGUUUUUUUUUUGCUUAGGUUGACGAACAAACGUUGAUAACUGCAGUACGCAAGCGUGGUCAAUUAUACCACUCGAGUGCUAGUUUCAUGCUGGUGGUUAUUAUUAGAACACCCCCAAG